AUGACAAGUCCUAGAGGAACACAAGAUGGAGACAAGAGUGAGGAGUUUGAAGAUAUUCCCAGCGAAAAGGAACAAGAGUCAUCUGAUGAUGAUCCCACAGCAGCACUUGAGCAGCUUUCAAGGCUCAAGAUAGGUUUUGAUGAUCCAGAAGAUCCCAACAAUCUCACUCCAAGAGACAUCCGCAGCAUACACCGCAAUGCUCAAGCCACAAGUGUUGUUCUAAGCUCAUUAAGUGCGGAAGAAUACAACAAAGUGAUUGGGUUGGAGAUAGCAAAAGAAAUUUGGGACACUCUUCAUAUUGCACAUGAAGGGGUUAGCAAGGUGAAGAAGUCCAAGAUUGAUCUAUUGAUGGCUCAACUUAAUAGGUUUGUGAUCAAGAAAGGAGAAGAGCCUCAAGAGAUGUUUGAUAGAUUGAUGGUAAUUGUUGGUAAGAUUAGAGGAUUGGGUGGAGAUGACUUGGAGGAUCAUCAUGUAGUGAAGGUGAUGUUGGAAGCAUUUGCACCAAGGAAUCCAACACUUGUCACAUUGAUUAGAGAGAAGAAGAGGUUUGAGCAGUUUUCUCCAAGUGAUGUACUUGGAAGGAUUCUAACUCAUGAGCUUAUGGAGAUGGAAAUACAACAAAGAAAGAAGUUUGGGGAGCUUGAAACCAAGAUGGAAAAUCUCAAGGUCAAGGAGGUAGCUCUCAAGGCAAACAAGUCAAGCAAAGCCUCUACUUCAAGUGUUUCAAGACCAGCAUCAAGCAAAGUUAAAGUAGAUGUCUCAUCAAGUGACUCAAGUGAUGAUGAAGAUGAUAGUGGGUCCUCCGGUGAAAUUGGAGAUGUUGCCUUGUUCAUGAGGAAGUACAAGAAAGUAUUGAAAAGAGAAGGCUACAUGUUCACAAAGAGAAAGUUUACCAACAAGAAGAAGAGAACAUGCUACAAGUGUGGAAGCACAGAGCAUCUCAUUGCCGAGUGUCCUCUUAACAAUGAAGAAGAAAAGAGACACAAAAAGAAGAGUUACAAGAGAGAAGAUAAGAACCGCAACAAGAAGAAGCAAAGUUACUCGGGUCAAGCUCACAUUGGUCAUGAAUGGGACUCACAUGAUGAAAGCUCAAGUGAAGAAGAAGGCAAGAAGAUUGCAACCAUUGCUAUCAAGAACAAGUCUUCUUCACCAAGGCUCUUCACCAACUUAACCGAUGAUGAGGACAACACCACUCCUUUUUGUCUUAUGGCAAAAGGAGAAAAGGUAAAACAAUCUAAACUUGAAACUAAGAGUACCCCACCACCUAGUGAUCUCUCAGACAUAGACUCUAGUGAUGAAUCUAGUGAUGAUGAAAUAAAUAACUUGGUUAGUAAAAUGGAUAAAAAAUCUAGAAAUUUCAUAGCCAAGUUAGUAGAGGAACUAGAGAAGACUCAGGCCAUCCUUGUCAAGCAAGAGAAACUUUACAUCACUUGCAAGGAGAAUCUUGCUUCGGAGAGGAGUGAGGUGGAAGCCUUACGCUUGGAACUUGACCAAGCGGAGACUAUCCAAGCUACCCUAAAGGAUAACCUUAAUGCUCUCCAAGAAAAGAACAACGCCCUCAAAAACAGAAAUGAGGAGCUUGAGGAGCAAUAUAGCAUCCUUUGGGAUAGCACCAAACAUCUUCCGAAAGCAAGUGAGAUCUCUAGUGCCUCUACUAGCAAAGGUUGUGAUAGAUGUUAUAAAUUUGAUAUAAAUGCUUAUGCUACUAACCUUGCUAAUAUGGAAGCUAUGAAGAAGGAAAUAGCAAGACUCAACAAUAUCAUAGCUAGUGGAUGCAUGGAUGAUGCAAGCAAAAAAGCCAAAAAGAAAGAGACUAUUGGAGAAGUGCAGUCUGUGCAGACCAUGAAGGCUCCAGGACGCGGAGGCUCCGGGAAGAAGCCUGGAGGCUCCGGGGUUUGGAAGGAAAACAGGGUCAAGGCACAAUCUCAACCAAAGCAGCAAGCUUCUAAGGCAUCUAACACUCGUCUACAGGUUAAGGAGAAUCCAAUUGUGCCCAAGAGAAACAAGUAUGUCCACAAGUCCAAGACCCAUGCAUCCCAAGAGAGUACAUCUACUAGCUAUGUGUUGAGACGCAACAACCUUGGUAAAGUUGUUGCCACGUAUGUUGGAAAUCAGUCCAACAUAUAUGUGAAGAGAUCUCUAUGA